GCUUCGUUUGUUGUUUGACCAGAUGCCAACAACUUUACAAUGACUCGAAAAGAACCGAUCGGUGUUGUUGGACAAAUUAUCCCUUGGAAUUAUCCCUUCCUCAUGGUUGCUUUCAAAUGGGGCCCUGCAUUAGCUGCCGGAUGUACUAUUGUCUUAAAACCGGCGGAGCAAACACCCUUGACCGCACUUUAUGCGGCCGCUCUCGCUAAAGAGGCAGGAAUACCGGCAGGUGUUGUAAAUGUCAUCCCAGGUUACGGUCCAACUGCUGGUGCAGCUAUUUCCGAACACCCAGAUAUCCGCAAAGUCGCUUUUACCGGAUCCACCGAGGUCGGACACAUCAUAAUGGCAGCCGCUGCUAAAAGUAAUCUUAAGCGUGUCAGCCUCGAAUUAGGUGGAAAGAGUCCGCUCAUCAUUUUCGACGAUAUUGAUGUGAAUGAAGCUGCGAAAAUCGCGCACGGCGCGUUGUUUGAAAAUCACGGGCAAAUUUGUUGCGCCGGGUCACGUACAUUCGUGCAUUCAAAAAUAUACGACGAGUUUGUGAAGCAAGCCAAGCAAUUGGCCCUCGAUAGAAAAGUGGGAGACCCAUUUGACCCUGAAAUCGAACAAGGUCCACAGAUCGAUCAAGACAUGUUUGACAAAGUAAUGGGCUUAAUCACUUCCGGCAAACAACAGGGCGCUGUUGUGGAAACUGGCGGAGAACGCAAGGGUACUGUUGGCUUUUUCGUAAAACCUACGGUCUUCUCGAACGUAACUGAUGACAUGAGAAUUGCUAAAGAAGAAAUUUUUGGACCGGUCCAAUCGAUUUUAAAGUUUGACACUAUGGAUGAAGUAAUCGAUCGUGCGAAUCGCACUAAUUACGGACUUGCUUCUGGUAUAAUCACUAAGGAUAUUAAUAAAGCUUUGACAUUCGCUCAAGCUGUGGAAUCAGGUACCGUUUGGGUGAAUUGUUAUAAUGCUAUUUCCCCUCAAGCACCAUUUGGUGGAUUUAAACAAUCUGGCAUAGGACGGGAAUCCGGUAAAGAAGCUUUGGAGGAAUAUCUGGAGAUCAAAACAAUUAACAUUAAAAUUGCAAAUUAAUAUUUGAUUAUAAACAAAAAUUAAUAUUCGAAUAUAUAUAAUGUCUCAAAAUGACAUAUUACCCCAAUUUUCACAUUUUCAUUACAACAUAAAAUAUUGUAUCGCAAUACAAUGGAUACCAGGAAUACUAUGU